ACCAUUCAAAAAGAAUCAAAGUCCUCAGAGGAGCUCUGCUGUUGGAGUAAAGCAGCUCUUAUACCAUGAUUCCACUCUUCUUUCUCACAGCUCUGCUGCUUUGGCCCGACACAAUUCAUGCAUUUCGCAGCGCACUGAAUGAUUUCCAGCGAUCCGAGGGGAGAGAGCUGGUCCUGAAAUCCUGGAACGUCAACCGUCUGACUGAACUUCCGGGAAUCACUUUGGAGGAUUGUGCUAAACGCUGCACAGAGAGUCCAGAAUGCAGAGCUUUCAGUUAUGAGUUUCGUCCGUCUUUGGUGUGUAAACAUCUGCCCUGGGUGGGCGACAGAGACAAUGCAGACGUCAAGAGAAACGUGAACUGUGACCUUUAUGAGAUGAAAGUCUAUGUAAGGAAGUGCAUUGUGGGUAAAGGAGAAGACUAUCGAGGGAAAGUGUCGACGACUAAGAGUGGACGAACAUGUCAACAGUGGUGGUCCAAAUUCCCUCAUGAUCACAGAUGGACUCCGUCUGCUACUAAUGGCCUGGAGCUGAACUAUUGCCGUAAUCCGGACGGCGACCCCAUUGGACCCUGGUGUUACACCACUGACCCUGAACGCAGAUAUGAGAGCUGCGACAUUCCCCAGUGCAAAGAUGAGGUGUGCAUCACCUGUAAUGGAGAAGACUACAGAGGUCAGGUGGAUCACACAGUGAGCGGUAAAGAGUGUCAGAGAUGGGACCAACAGUAUCCGCAUCAACACAUCUAUCAGCCAGAGAAGUAUCCUGAUAAAAGUUUAGAUGAUAAUUAUUGCCGUAACCCGGAUGCGUCUCCGGUGCCCUGGUGCUACACCACUGCCCCGACGAUGGAGAGAGAGAGCUGUGAUAUACGCAAGUGCCCUGAGUCUCCUAAGCGCCGUUUUCGCUCCAGCUACACCACUAAUUGUUUUCGGGGUCGUGGAGAGGAUUACAGGGGCAAAGUCAAUGAAACGACCUCUGGAAUCCCCUGUCAGCGCUGGGACGCCCAGAAACCACAUGAACACCCAUUUUUCCCCAAAACCUAUGAGUGCAAGGGUCUGGAGGAGAACUACUGCCGUAACCCGGACGGUUCAGAGGCGCCCUGGUGUUUCACGUCUCUCUCUGAGAUGAGGACGGCUCUCUGUCUGCAGAUCAAACGCUGUGCUGAUGACAUUGAGGCUGAAGAUUGCUAUAAUGAAAUCGGCAAAAACUAUCGGGGUGUUGUCCGCAAGACGCGUAAAGGUAUUCUCUGCCAGAAAUGGAGUGUCAAUACACCUCACAAAACCAAGAUAAACCCCAAAACACACCCAGAGGCCAACCUGACCGACAACUACUGCAGGAACCCUGACGGUGACCAUCACGGGCCCUGGUGCUACACCACUGACCCCAAGACUGAGUUUGACUACUGUGCCAUCAAGCAGUGUGCUGGAGAGAGAGUGCCAAUUAUUGGGCCAACAGCGGAGGUUGUGUUUAACGAGUGUGGGAAGCGGGACGACCGGACUGUGAAGAGCAGGUUAAGAAUAGUGGGCGGCACACCUGGAAACUCUCCCUGGACCGUCAGCCUUCGAGACCGGAAAGGAAAUCACUUCUGUGGAGGUUCUCUGGUCAAUUCCAAAUGGGUGAUCAGCACUAAACAAUGCUUCUCAUCUUGUUAUGUGGACCUCACAGGAUAUAGUACAAUGAUGGGCACCUUGUUCCGUGAUCCAAAGGAAGGUGAACCAGACAGACAAACUAUUUCUCUCACCAAGAUCGUCUGUGGUCCUUCUGAAUCCCACCUGGUCAUGCUUCAGCUAGAAACUCCUGCCCAGUUUAAUGAGCGCGUGUCUCAAAUAUGUCUUCCUCCUGAGCGAUACAUCGUUCCAGAUGGAAUCAUCUGUGAAAUCGCUGGUUGGGGAGAAACAAAAGGAAAGGGGGAUGAGACUGUACUGAAUGUGGCUCAGAUGCCUGUACUGAGCAAUAAAGACUGUAACCUGUAUUUCAAGGGCCAUGUCCGUGAGAAUGAGAUGUGCACCAUGCCCUUCGUGGCCGGAGUUGGUGCCUGUGAGAGAGACUACGGCGGCCCUCUGGCCUGUCAGAACAGCGACUGUUGGGUCCUAGAAGGAGUGAUCAUACCAAUGCGCCGCUGUGGACACGCCGGCCAACCAAACAUCUUCAUCCGUGUGUCUUUUUAUGUGGAUUGGAUCAAGAAGGUCAUGGAGAUGACCUGAUGACAGAACAACUCGUAUCAUAACACACAACAUCUUUUACCAGACGUUUCAUACUGCUCAAUCUUCUAUAUGCUAAAAUAUAAAUAUAUUAGGUAGACGGAAUGUAAUAUACGUAAAAAUACUGUGUUUUAUAAGAUUAUGUUUGCUUUUUGUAUCAUUCUGAAUUUGGGGUUUAAUUUACAUAUGUAUGCUUUCAUUUGUGGAACAUAGAUAUACAGGUGCACAUACUUUUACACUAAAACGGAAUAUAGAAUGAAGUAGAUUUUAUUAUGAAUAAAACAUUCAAAAUUC